AUGAUGACAGUUGGUAGGGAGGGGGCCAUCUGGAUCUUGGGUGUGAUAAGAGAUAACGACUCACUCCAAGUCCCACUCACUCCAACUUACACUUCCCCCCGUUCCGCCCCAAAACCACCAAGCUUGCUCAGCGGCUCCUCAAUCAGGGCUGCCUUCCGCCCACGAUCACACCGCCCUCCUUCAAUCCGCUCUGCAUAUUCCGCCUCGACAGCCACUUCCUCAAGCGACAACCACACUUCAACUGCCCAGCCCCACUCUUAUUCUCCAGUAAACAUGGCCCCAAUCCCUGUAGUCUCCAACCACGGCCGCGAUGAGGACGAAGAGUGUCCAGUUUGCCUCGAACCCCUUAGCUUUAGCUUUAGAUUGCCGGGCGAGAAACCCCAUAUCGUCCCAGAGUGUGGCCAUGCUCUUCACGAAGCUUGCUACACCGCCGUCUAUGGCCCACCCCCGAACCAGAGCAGGACAGUGCCACGCAAGUCGAACGUCGGUGUUUGCGGGGUGUGCAGAAGGCCCAUGAAGGUAGGAGAUGGAGACGGGGGCAAGUCAAACAAACUCGCGGCACUAACUGGAAUGGGUGAUAGUCGUGCGGCUCCGAUGUAUCCUGGCCGCGAUACACCUACAGCACGCAGCAUCCGCCAGCCAGUCGAAAAACCCUAUGACCCCAACGAAGACGACCCCCUCGAACAUGUCGGCCGCUCUGGUGCCCCUGCCGAGCCUUCAGGUUACAUCGUCGCACCCUCGAUCGAAGUCCGACCAGAGUUCCCUUCACUCACACGCACUAAUGAUACCAGUCAGCCGCUGACUUGUCUCGUUGUCAUAGAGCUGCCAGGCAAACGCACAACCUCCGCCCCAGGCGCUGUCCUUCCCGACAACUACAGCACAAGGACAGGCGGCAGCAUCCGCCAUGAUAACGCUUCAGGUCGCUCAAGUCCCCGCGCAGACAGCCUCCAGCGGCAGCGUCCAAACCAAUUCUCACCCAACGAGGACCCACGCGUAGCAUCGCCCAGAAGCUUCAAUCGUUCUCUGCCUCCGACAUCUCUCGAUAAUGAUGCCGCGUCAACAUAUGCGAACAUCAUCCUUUCAGAGGAAGACUCGCCCUUUGCCGCAAUCACCGAAGACCUGCGAAACCGUAUCAUCGACUGGAAAGGUCACCCGCUCUCCGAUCUUGGCCCUCUGCAGAUGUACGACCUCUUGUCCGUCAGGCGAGACUCGGCCAUUCGCGACUUCUACGUCUACCUUUUCAAGGAAGCUAUCAUUUGCGUUAUUGAGGAAAAGAAACGGGGAAUUGGUCGUCUCCUGUCAAACUCGGGCCUGGGCGACACUGGCUCGAUACCUUCCAUGACAGGCCAGUCGAAAGGCGUCUUGCGACUUAAAGGCCGCAUUUACGUCCGUCAUAUCAAGAAUGUAACAGCUUCCUCAGCGGCGGGAGAGAUGAGCCUUACCAUCGACAUGGAAGAUGAACUCGCAUCUUUCAUUCUGAUCUUCAAAGAUAGAUCGUCGCUCGAGGCAUGGAAGAACACCAUCCAAGCACUCGUCAAUAUGUUCCAAAAGGCGAAUGGCAUCGUUCCUCAGCAACAACAGCAGCGACCGCUGGAUAUUGAAGAGUUUGGUGGAAGCGCCAAGGCCAUGCGGAUGCUCAGCGGGAGCACGCAAACUUCGGUCAGCACUGUGGACAGUCUCUUGCAAAACUCGGCACGAUCGACCAUGUCUUCUUCGACUUCACACAACGGAUCACUCAUGCCCCCACGAACACUCCAGCACAAAUUGUCGACUCUCGGAGAAGAUGACAGGGAGAUGGAGCCAUACGACGUUCCUUCGCCGCUUGUGGCGCCUCACAACUCCAGCGGACCUUCCAACUCUCUCCCCUCCCUUCCUCAUCCUCCAAUGGACCUCAUUCUCGUCGUCUCCCUCCCUCCGCCAGGCUCAGUGCCGAGUACCGCCCAACUCAAGAUCAGGGUCAUCAAAACUACAUUAGACUUUACGGUUGCCUCAAUGGGCCCGAAGGACCGAAUCAGUCUAGUGACCUUCGAAGUUGGGCCUGGAGGAAAGGUAAGGAAGACGCCAUUCCUGAGUGUCGGACGACCCCAGAGUAAGGCGAGGCUGGAGAAGUUUAUCGACGAAACUGGAUCCCGGCUUGACGAAUCGCAAGACGAGUUCUUGGUUAGGGGCUCAAGGGACGAGAAGACGGAUGUGGUUACCGCGGUCAAUCAUGGAUUGGACGUCGUGCUCCAACGCAAAGCUCGGAAUCCCAUAUCCGGGUUGAUUUUGGUCAGCGACGCGUCUGACAGCACAAGGAGGGCGCAAAUGGACCUCGUUCUCGCUCGAGCGGAAGCUGCCAACGUGCCGAUCCAUUCAUUUGGAUACGGACGUUCGCACGAUCCCGCGUCGCUCUGGCUGAUGUCGAAUCACACCAGCGGCACCUAUACCUUUGUAAAGGACUGGUAUGACCUGAGGAGUUGUGUGGCUGGAUGUGUGGGAGGGAUGAUGUCUAUCGGGUUGUUGAACAUGAAGCUUCAUAUGAAGAUCGUCGACAGCUUCAGGUUCAGGAUCCGAAAGGUAUCAGGCGGGCCAUCCUCCAUCCUCGCUUCUGAUGGUCAGAAUGUAGAUGUGGAUAUCGGCGAGCUGCGGUACGGUGAGAGGAAGGAAAUGUUGAUCGAGCUCGAGUUGGACAACACCGACAUGCACAAGAUGGCGCAACAGAGACAGAAGGAGCGGGCGAUGGACGCGACGGAUCGGUUUGUGCAGAGUCUGGGGUUGGACUCGUUAGCGAUCGACGACAGCGCGGAUUUGGUGGAUGGGAUGAUGGAUAGGAUGAUUGAUGAAGUGCCGGUCGUGGAGGUGGAUGGAUCGUUCUUCGACCCUGCUGCUGCAAAACAAGUCUCAAGGCUGGCACACCCUGUUCUGUUGACCAUUACACUCUUGCCCAUGACCAACACGCCUUCGAAACCGCCAUCAACAGUGUCGGAUCCUGUGAUUGUGAGGAGGAGGAUGGAGUUGUUGGCGAGCGACAUGAUUACGAGGGCGCUGGUGUUGGUUUCGAGGAGGAACUUCCCACAGGCGCAGAAGAUCAUGGGCGAGACGAAGAGGAUCUUGCAUACUGUUUUGCAGACGAUCUCCAGAGGCAUCCCACCGCCCAAUCCCAACUCGGGAGCGACGAGGAAUAGGAAGGAGCUGUUGACGAUCAAGACUGUUCAAGCUAUGCAGGCGAUCUUGCAAGACUUGCAGUUGUUGAGCGAGGCGUUGGAGGAUAACGUCGAGUUGUUUGCUCAUGAUCAGAGAAACUUUGGUGCUCAACAGGCUAUGAUUCUGAGAGAUCAGAAAGCCUGGAGUAACCGAAGUGCGACUGAGCGGCUGUUCUGGACAACAGACAACUCGAUUGAAUUGGCCUCAAGAGCGACUGACUGGAUACCACGCGAUUAA